AUGGCCCGCCCGGUGCAGGACGCGCGCAAUAAAACGCAACGCGGCUCGAACGUGCCAUUUUUAAGUGACACGAGAAAAAUACAGGCCGCCUCGAGUGUACGGGCGGCGACACACGCACUCGGUGUCAAUAUCGUCACUGCGGCUGCGAUUAUCGUUCGGAGGCGGCGGGCGCGCUCGCGGGGUUACAAGUUGCGCGUGAGCCUACGCGCGGCCGAUACCACGGCCGGCCACCACGACAAUGCGACUCCAUAUUGCGGUGCGCCGCCUCCCCCGGUCUCCAAUUGCCUAGCCACCUCUCUCUUU